AUGACUGAUCGCAACAUUGACGACGGGAGUCGUCGGCUCAUUCUCCAGCUUCAUGUAGAAGAUCUCGAGAAUCUCCAAAGAAGUCAGAAAGGAAAGCAGAAAGAAGGCGAGAUGUCCGACUUCGAUCUUGCUAUGGACAUCAUCGCUAGAGCUGUCUUCUCCGAUGCCCCGGUAAUCCAAGUAUGCUCAAUCGAAGAAGAAUGGGCCACGCAGGACCGCGCUAUGGCCAUGUCCUUCACUCACAACAGUGGUACAGUUUCGAAUCGCCUCCCCUCCAGUGCUGGCUCUGGCAGCAAAGGCCGGACCAAUUCUAUUAAUGACGACCUCUUUCGGAAGCUCGGACGCCUGAAUCUGUUUUCGGACGGAGCAGAAGCAGAUACACACGGCGAGUCUUCCAAUUGGACUGUGACUCGGGAUCCAGCUCGCAGGGCCGACGGCGAGAAGAUCGAAACCGAAACUUGCAUUUGCUGCGGCGACAAGCAUUUGCCCUCGAACCUGUCCAAGGCCCCGUGCUCUCACAAUUACUGCAGCGAGUGUAUCAAUUCGCUGUUCAAGAGCGCCAGCGUGGACGAGUCGCUAUUCCCGCCGCGGUGCUGCUCAAUGCUCAUCCCUGUCCUUGACAAUCUUGAGCUUCUCUCGACAGAAACCGUGGGGGUAUUCAGGGCUAAGCAAAUCGAGUUCGGCACCGCGGAUCGGACCUACUGCCAUCGCCCGGAGUGCUCUACGUUUGUGCCGCCGCAGUUCAUCAAGGGCGAUUUCGCCUUAUGCGUUAGGUGCAAUGCUAAGACAUGUGUCACUUGCAAAAGCGCACAGCACGAGACAAACAAUUGUCCCAAGGAUAGUACUCUACAGGAUGUUCUUCGCGUCGCCAAGGAGAAUGGCUGGCAGAAGUGCAAGUCUUGCAACCGGCUCGUAGAGCUAAGCAGUGGCUGCUAUCACAUGAGUACGUCUCUCUCCCUUAUGCCGUGCCUGGAUGAUCCUGACCUGCCCAUCAAGCCUGUUUGUGCCGAGCACAGUUCUGCUACGUCUGCGGUGAAAGGUGGAAGACCUGCCGCUGUCCGCAGUGGGAGGAGCAACAUCUCUUGA